GGGGGCGGGGUCCGGGCCGUGAAUGGGGGCAGCAUGUCGCCGCCCGGCCUCUUGCGCGCCGGGCUGUGGCGGAGUCCGGCUAUGCGCCGGUGCGUUUUGGAGCCUCGGCCCCCGGGGAAGCGGUGGCUGGUGGCUGGCCUGGGGAACCCGGGACUGCCCGGCACGCGGCACAGCGUGGGCAUGGCGGUGCUGGGGCAGCUGGCGCGGCGGCUAGGUGUGGCGGAGAGUUGGGCGCGCGACCGGCGCUGCGCCGCCGACCUCGCCCUGGCCCCGCUCGGGGAUGCCCAGCUGGUCCUGCUCCGGCCGCGGCGGCUCAUGAACGCCAACGGGCGCAGCGUGGCCCGGGCCGCGGAGAUGUUUGGGCUGACUGCGGAGGAGGUCUACCUGGUGCACGAUGAGCUGGACAAGCCCCUGGGGAAACUGGCUCUGAAGCUGGGGGGCAGUGCCAGGGGCCACAAUGGAGUCCGUUCCUGCAUUAGCUGCCUCAACUCCAGUGCAAUGCCGAGGCUGCGGGUGGGCAUCGGGCGCCCAACGAACCCUGAGGCAGUACAGGCCUACGUGCUGGGGUGUUUCUCCCCCUCGGAGCAGGAGCUGCUGCCUCUGUUGCUGGAUCGAGCCACCGACCUGCUCCUGGAUCACAUCCGUGAGCGAAGCCAGGGGCCCUCAGCAGGUGUCAGCCCCUGACACUAGUGUCCAUGGCUGCCUGCCUGACUGCAGUGCCCACAGACCUAGCCACGGCCAUAGAGCUGCCACGCCAACCUUGGUAUCCACCAUUUAUACACUGUUCUCUGGGCUGCUCCGGGCCGCCUACAGAUUAAAGGGGGGGACUGUGGCUAGAACGGUCCGUUGCUGGA